UUAACAAAAGAUGAAGGAAGAAAGGAAGAAGCUCUUGUUCUCCAGGUCAUUUUAAAGUGUCUGGUUUUGUUGUUGCUUCUUCUUUGAGCCUCUUCUAUAUUCUGUGUGUCACUCGUCCAGUGUGCUGUGGUGAGUAUUUUUUCAUUUUGUAAGAUUUCUCUGAGCACUGUUGUUUCCUUUGCUCUGAAGAAACGUCUUGGCUCAUAACCACACAGCCUGCUUUACUUGCUGAGCCUUGUGGUCCUAUCUUAAAAAAUUCGAACUAAAUUUAGUUCCCUAAGAGUAAAACUUGGUUAUGGGAGGCUGCUUUAAUCUGUUCAUAAGGGUUCUGUCCCAUCCUCUAACAACUUCCCAAUAGAUCCCAUUUCUUAUAACUGCCUCAUUUGAACAGUUCAACCUCGGCAUGUGUUUUGGUGAGAGUGAAACCACAUUCGAGCCAAAACAGCAUGUGACAAAGAUUUCUAUAGAAUAUUGUUGUGCCCCAAAGUGGUUUCAGGGCAGAGGUUUUUUUGUUUUUUGUUUUGUUUUUUAAGACAGGGUCUCUCUCUAUAGUUCUAGCUGUCCUGGAACUUGCUAUGUAGAUCAAACUAGCCUUGAACUCACAGAGAUCCUAAGAGAACAGACUUUGAAAUAGACACUAGGUGAUACACAUCACUGAUAUAUAGGCUACCAUUAGGAAAACUCACUACUGAUACCCCACUUAGGCUAAUGUGUUGUGGUAAUACUACAUUCAUAUUAAAAUAUCUAUAAAUCCUCUUUUGUGAUUGCUUGUCAAACACUGUUAAAUACUUUGACUGAUUUAAACCUUAUAUCAUGAUAGAUAAAGUUUGUAUAAUAUCUCCAUUUUACUCCUCAGGAAAUGGAGGUUCAGAGAAGUUAUUUCCGAGGUACACUAGGAAGCAGAAUGAGGAUGCAGUCUUUGACAAAGGUUUCUAGACCCCUGCACUGGGGAUUCAGGAUCAGAAGUCAUGGUUUUGAGGUUAUGAAGUUCAUGGGAUGGAAAAGAUACCAGAAGGACCAGCACUUAUAAUUUUUUAUCAUGGAGCUAUUCCCAUAGACUUUUACUACUUCAUGGCUAAAAUUUUCAUCCACAAAGGCAGAACUUGCCGAGUAGUAGCUGACCACUUUGUCUUUAAAAUCCCAGGGUUCAGUUUGUUACUAGACGUAUUUUGUGCUCUUCAUGGACCACGAGAAAAAUGUGUUGAAAUCCUGAGGAGCGGACACUUGCUAGCUAUUUCACCAGGUGGAGUCCGAGAAGCCUUACUUAGUGACGAAACCUACAGCAUCAUAUGGGGUAAUCGUAAAGGCUUUGCUCAGGUUGCAAUUGAUGCGAAAGUGCCCAUUAUUCCUAUGUUUACACAAAAUAUUCGAGAAGGAUUUAGAUCACUUGGAGGAACAAGAUUAUUUAAGUGGCUUUAUGAAAAAUUCCGCUAUCCAUUUGCUCCAAUGUAUGGAGGUUUUCCUGUAAAGCUGCGGACCUUCUUAGGAGAUCCCAUUCCAUAUGACCCAAAGAUAACAGCAGAAGAAUUAGCUGAAAAGACCAAGAAUGCUGUUCAAGCUUUGAUUGACAAGCACCAAAGGAUACCAGGGAACAUUAGGAGUGCUCUGCUGGAACGCUUUCAUAGAGAGCAGAAGGCUAAUUAGCAGAUGAUUUAAUGUAUCUAUAGUGACAAGCUCGUAUAUAUGGCACUGUCUUUUAAUUUUUUGUAGGUUAUAUAAUAGUGUUUCUAAAAUAUAAUGUUAAUAAGCAUCUUUCUUAGAACUAGUUUAUUUAAAUUUAUACUGUUAAUCUUGUCCUUUCAAUCAGUUGUGUCAAAUUUAUUAAGUAACUCUUCACUUUCCUGACUCAGAAAAUGAUCAUGCUGCAUUUGCAAUCUUUAGUAAUAUAUGGUAAGCAUAGAGUUUUAGAUUUAAGUCAUUCAUGAUAUCAGCAGGUUAAGUAGACUUUCCUAAAUUGUGUCUAUUGUGUUGAUCUGAUCAUAAGAGAGCACAUGCAUUAGGGUGUAGUACUGGCUUAAUUUAGAUAAGAAAUGCCUUUCUCUAUCUUCAUUCCAUUCACAACUGCGGGUAAGUUGUGGGAUGCUUUUGUACUUCAAUUAUUUAUUUUAAGCAUGACAAUAUUUUGGUGACAUACAUUAUUUUAAGUUGCUUAUAUCUAUUGUGAUAUCUGUAGUGUGAGAACUAUAACUGAAUUGAUUUCUGAAUCCUUUAGGAGUUGUGUGCAUUUUUUUGUCCAUUGGGUGUUGAAACGACUCCUUCAAAUGUGAUGUCCAGUUGCCAAGCACAUUGAAAGAGAUGUACUGUUUUAUAAAUCAAGACAUUGUUAUUUGUAGUAUUUAUUUACUGAAUUGUUUAGUAUUUAUUUUAAACAAGUAUCUAAGUAAACAUAUAGGAUGAAUUGUCAUCAUAGUGUUUUAUGGUGUAAGGGUAGAAUCAUGGUCACAUUCUGCACUUCACAUUAGCAGCUGAUUUUAGGCUAAGAAAUAAACAACAAGAAAACCCUGGUUUUGCUUAUAUUGUGGCUUGUUUUUCUGGGCUUUGCAGCUAAUCACAUGGCUUAUUAUUUCAAUAAAAUGUACUUGAAUGAUGAAUUUCUGUAAACAUGGAGCCCUCUGAAAAUGUUAUAGCAUUUGAUUUGUUGUCUCCUUGAAAACUGAUUUUAAAAGUAUUUAAACAGCAAAGUGUCAUAAAUCUACUGCAGUAUGUCCCUCUCUGCCUUUGUAGUACUUGGGUUUUAUAUGGACUUUUUAAUUACAAGUGUAUAUUUAUGACAUAAAAUAUAUAUAGAAAUGAUGUGAAAAAUAAAGAUGAAUUGCAACUCAUUCUCA